CUCCGUGCCGUCUCUGGGUUUUCUGCAGGCUACUGUCUUCGUGUACACGAAAUAAGUACUUAUCGACAGAACAGAAACACAAAUAAAUGGAGAAAAUUAGCAGAACUGUGCGCUGAAUCAGUUGCUUAUCCUAGCCCUGCCUUUGCAAGCUGGAGCGGGGAGAAGCCGUCGGCAUGGAGACGGUAGUGAUCGUGGCGAUUGGAGUGCUGGCCACCAUCUUCCUGGCGUCCUUCGUUGCCCUGGUGGUCGUCUGUCGCCACCGCUACUGCCGCCCUGACAGCCUGCUGCACCACUUCGACUCCAAGCCUACGAUGGACUUGAUCAGCGCCAUGGAAACCCAGAGUGAGCCCUCAGAGCUGGAGCUGGACGAUGUGGUCAUCACCAACCCACAUAUUGAUGCCAUCCUGGAGAACGAGGACUGGAUUGAGGACGCAUCAGGAUUGGUGUCUCACUGUAUCUCAAUCUUGAAGAUCUGCCAUACUCUGACUGAGAAGCUUGUAGCCAUGACAAUGGGCUCAGGAGCAAAGGUCAAAACCCCUGCCAGCCUCAGUGACAUCAUCACUGUGGCCAAACGCAUCAGCCCCAGGGUGGACGAUGUUGUGCGAUCCAUGUACCCACCUCUGGACCCCAAGCUUCUGGAUGCCAGAGCCACCGCCCUCCUGUUGUCGGUCAGCCACCUGGUGCUGGUGACACGCAACGCCUGUCACAUGUCCGGCAGCAUGGACUGGAUCGACCAAUCACUGAACGCAGCAGAGGAUCACAUGCUCGUGCUUCGCGAGGCAGCAAUGGCGUCCGAACCUGAUCGGAACCUCCUGGGGACUGAUGCUUUUCGUCAGGAGCAGUCCACCAUCUAG